CCUCUCACAUCCCCCAUACGCACCUCUAUAAAAUCCCUCAAAACUAACCCUUCCUAGCUAGCUAAUUGAUUUGCAUGAAGUUUUUCUUCUUUUUUCUGAAAUGGGAAACUGCAUCACAUACCACAAUUCAUCAAAUUCGGCUGGGAGAGUGAUUCUAUCGGAUGGUAGGGUUUGUGAGUUUGAUAAACCGCUAACGGUGGCUGAGCUGAUGCUAGAAUACCCACAACAAGUUGUGGUCGAGUUUCACUCAUAUUUGACUGAAAAGAGGCCACCACCACUGCCUGCUGACAAGAAGCUAGAAAUGAAGUUGUACCUAAUGCUGCCUAUGAAGCCAGGGAAACCAGCGUCAUUAUCAUCAGAAGAAGCGAGACGUGUUCUUUUGAGUGCGAACUCGGUUUUAAGAUCACGGUCUUCUUUAUCAUCAUCGAGGUUUCUCCCUUUAUUUGCUAUGAUGUGCCCUGCUGGAGUUGGAGAGGAACAAAAGCUUGUUAUGCGAAAGAAGGAAUGUUAUGUAGAGGAGAAGCCAGCUGCGGAUCAGAAAUAUGAUUCUGAGCUAACAGAGAUUUUUGAGAGUAGGCCUGAAUAUUUGAGUAGGCAGCUUUCAGGUAAAGGGACGUGGAAGCCUAGCUUGGGCACUAUCAAUGAGAAAAGGGUAGAGAAAAAGAUCCCUCGCUGGUUGUUUUGAAGGGUUGAUCUUCUUCUAGUGAAAGAAGGGCUAAUUUAAUAAAUUUAGGUUCUAUAUAUCAUUAAUUUGAGAUUUGUGCUGUUAAUUAGUAUUUUAAUGUCACUUGUUGAAAUGCAAUGAAGGGAUGAUGAGAUGUGCAUGUUUGUGUC